AUGUGUGACCAAGAUGUAGCCGCUUUACCUUCCACAUCCAAGAUUCAAAGCGGACUACCUGUCGUCGACCUGGGAUAUCAACUACAGCGAGCAACAACAUUCAAUGACACCGGCAAUUGCUACAACUUCUUAAACAUCAGAUAUGCUCAAGCUCCGACCGGCCAGCUUCGCUUCAGAGAGCCUGCCUACCCCAAGCUGGACCGCGUCAGAGUGAAGACAGGGGAUGUCGAACGAAUAUGCCCGCAAGCCAGGACAGUAUGGUCUGCAACGUCUUUGCAGUUCGUCCAACAGUAUCUCCAAGGCAAAACUCAAUUUCUGCCGACAGACUUUCCCGUAAAUGGGUCCGCUGUGCUCGAUGCCUUUGUCCAAAGCCAAGAUCCACGCGAGAGUGAGGACUGUCUCUUCCUGAACAUUAUGGUCCCAAAGCAGAUCUUUGAUAACCGCAAGAAUCGGAAGACCAAGAAAGCCGCUGCUCUGGUCUGGAUACACGGAGGUGGCUAUACGGCUGGCAGUAAGACUAGCGAUGGUAGUCCAGCUGGUCUGCUAGCAAGAAGUCAAGAUAACGAAGGAGAAGGUGUUAUCUUCACCGCCAUGAACUAUCGGCUCGGCGCUCUGGGUUUCAGCAGUGGCCCGACUUUCACGAAAGACGGCGGGACAGCUAAUGCAGCUCUGUAUGAUCAAAGGGCCGCUCUGAUCUGGGUGCAGCAGCAUAUUCACCUUUUUGGUGGCGGUCCCAAGCGGAUUACGGUUAUCGGUGAAAGUGCAGGCGCCGGCUCUCUGAUGCAUCAGAUCACAGCCUUCGGAGGGAAGCCUCCAGCGCCACUCUCGCAGGCAAUCCUGCAAUCUCCCGGCUUCCAACCAGUGACAUCGGCAACGCAGCAGGAGGCGACAUACAACACAUUCCUUGACCUCCUCAACGUGACGAACCUCGCUCAAGCCCGGCAACUCCCAUCAGCCUCACUCCGCCUCGCCAACAUCCUUCAAGUCGGCUUGUCACCCUACGGCCAAUUCACAUAG